CUGCAAACAAAAGAUAUCCAUCUCUGUAUAUCUGCUUGAAAACACUCUUCUGUUUUCAUUUUUGGUUUUUUAUAGCUACUUUAAAGACAUAUAACUCAUAAUGUCUUACUCUGACGUUCGUCUUUUUAUCCGCCCUAUCUCGCGCGAUGUUGUGCGUGAUGAUAUCAUUGACCUGUUCAAGGGCUACGGAAAGAUCGUUGAGAUCAAGCUCAUGACUGGAUUCGGCUUUAUUGAAUUCGAGAACGCUCGCGAUGCUCAGGAUGUUGUCGCAGAGUUCAACAACAAAGAAUUCAUGGGCGAUCGCCUCCAGUUGGAGUUUGCUAAGCGUCGUCGUGAGCGUGAAGAUCGUCGUGACAGUUACCAUGAUCGCGAUGGUGGACGUGAUUUCCGCGACCGUCGGGAAUCUCGUCGUCCCCGCCGCAGCGGAUAUCGCAUCCAGGUCUCUGAUCUUCCCGGUGAUUGUUCGUGGCAGGAUCUGAAGGACUUUGCGCGUCGUGCGGACGUUGAUGUUCUCUAUGCCGACGUCUCCCGUGACCGGGACGGUACUGGUGUUAUCGACGUUGAGCGCCAGGCCGAUCUUGACAUUGCGAUGGAAAAGCUUGCUAGCGAAGAUAUUAAGGGCGUUCGUCCCACUCUCAAGGAUGAGGUUGUUGAUAUGUCUCACGAGAGAUCGCCUUCUCCUUACCGCCGUGGUUCGCCGCCUCCUCGUCGCUCUUACGGCGGCGACCGCCGCUACGAUGACCGCGGUGACCGUGGUGACCGUGGUGACCGUGGUGACCGUGGUGACCGUGGUGGAUACCGCCGCCGUGAUCGCUCGCGUUCUCCUCGUCGCGGAGACUACGGCCGUCGCGGUGGUGACCGGUAUGAGCGUCGUGAUCGUGGCGACCGCGACCGUGGCGACCGUGGCGACCGCCGUGAUCGCGGAGAGCCGGAGGACCGCGAGCGUGAGGACCGCGACGGUGGAAACGACGGUGAUGUGCCGCCGCCUCCCGCUCCUGCUGGUGAUGAUGCGCCGGCUGGAGGUGAUUGGGAGAGAGAGGAUAAGGGAGAUAGCGGCGAUCACGAAGAUGCUGCUCCCGCUGGUGGCGAUGAGUGGUAG